UCGCGGCGCACGUGCGGCGGCGGUCAUGACGAUGCAGGGCGUCGUCGUCGCGUGCGGCGGGGAGAAGCGCUUCGGGAACCUCGUCACCGAGGACGGCCCGCGAUGCAUGCUCGAGCUCGGGUUCAAGCCGAUGGUGUGGUACGCGCUCCAGACGCUCGAGAAGGGCGGCGUGAGAGACGUGAUCCUCGUCGCCGCGGGGGAGGCGAACGCCGCGGCGUUCGCGCAGUGGAUCGCCGACGAGAUCGGGACGGGCGAGACGUCCUCGCUCGUCGUCUCCGUCGUCGCCGCGGACGAGGACGCGGACACCGCGGACGCGCUCAGGGCGGCGCUGCCGAAGCUGACGACGCCGACGGUGACCGUGAUCAGCGGCGACCUCGUCACGGACGUGCGCUUAGAGGACGUCCUCGCGACGCACGCGAAGCACAGCGCGGUCGCGACGUGCCUCGUCGCGCGCCGACGACCGUGGGCGGCGGUCGACGCGAAGGCGGGCCGCCCGCCGAAAAAUGCGCAUUACAUCGCCGUCGCCUACGACGCGCCCGCCGCCUCCGCGUCGUCCGCCGCGGAGGGCCAGCUCCUCUUCGCGGGCGACGAGGAGGACGUCGACAAGGUGCUGAAACUCCGCCGGCCGAUGCUGCGAAGGGUCCAGCGGAUGAUGAUCCACACGGAUUUGCUCGACGCGCAGCUGUACGCGUUCGAUGUCGCGUGGGUAUCGAGAUUGCUGAGGGAAGAGCCGUGGAUGACGUCGCUGCAGUUGGACGUCGUCCCCGCGCUCGCGCGCCGGCAGUUUAAGCCGGCGAGCGCGGAGGACCACGACACCGCCGCCGCCGGCGCGGGCGCGGGCGUGGACGACGACGACGACGCGGCGCUGAUGAAGGCUGUGUACGGCCCCGCGGCGGCGGGCGCGGGCCCCGGCGCCCCCGACGCCGCGACGGCGGUUCGACGACCGUGCCGCGUGUUCGUCGCGUCCGAGGACGCCUACUGCGCGCGCGUGGACACCGUCGUCCCGGCGUACUUGGAGGUCAGCCGCGAGGUGGCGUCGCCGGCGGCGUGCGACGCCGCGCACCUGAACGGCCGCGCGCCGUCCAAGUACGAAAACUUCGUCGACGCGGGCGUCGCCGUCGGCGGGAAGACGACGAUCGGCCCGGGGUGCGUCGUCGCGCGCGACGUCGUUCUGGGCGAGAAGUGCAGCGUCAAGCGUUCGGUCGUCGCGCGCGGCGCGUCCGUGGGCACCGGCGUGAAGCUCGUGAACUCGGUCGUGAUGCCGCGCGCGAGCGUCGAGGACGGGGUGUCUCUGAACGGCUGCGUCGUCGGGCCGAGGGCGGUGAUCGGCGCGGGGAGUUCGCUGAGGGAGUGUCUAGUGGGCGCGGAGUACGAGGUGGAGGAAGGGGACGACGUUCGCGCGGAGACGCUGUCGAGCAAGGCGCGGUGACGCCGCGCGAUCGAUCGAUGAUCUAUCUUCGCGCGGUGUAGCGAGCGGUUUAUAAUGCCACGACCUGCGACGAUAUGAU